AAACAGUGGUAUAAACGGCAAAGUAUAUGAAGGCCUGUGAUGAAGGACAGCUUUUUUUUUUGCAGAGUGGAAAAUUGAUGGCCACAUUCUCUCACUCCUCUUAUCUUCUUCUCUCAAAUCUCCCUUAAACUUCUUCUCACCGUCUUUUUCUCAAUUCCCCCUUUUCCAAUUUCAAUUUUUUCGCCUCCGAUUCCGCCAUGGAUUUCGAAGAUCAAGAUGACCACGACGACGACAUGGAGAUGGCGGCGGCGGCGGCGGCAGCGAGUUACGACCCUUUGCAGGGUAACUCAGGUGGGCGAGUCAAAACCCCAACCAGUACGGACCCAAGUGGACAGAGGAAACCCAAGUACAGAGAGUGCUUAAAAAAUCACGCGGUUGGCAUUGGAGGUCACGCCCUUGACGGCUGCGGCGAAUUUCUAGCAGCUGGAGCUGAAGGAACUCUCGACGCUCUUAAAUGCGCCGCCUGCAACUGCCACCGCAACUUCCACCGCAAGGAGACGGAUAACCUCAACGCCACCGCGGUUGGUGUUGGACUUGGAAUCGCAGAGCCAUUUCUAUUGCCACACCCGAGUCAGUUCUCUCCUUACUACCGAACCCCAACUGGGUACCUCCACGUGGCACCACACCACAGACCUCUAGCUCUCCCCUCCACCUCCGGUGGCGGUGGUGGUGGCACCCUGAGCAGGGAGGAGCAGGAGGACAUGUCGAAUCCGAGCGGUGGCGGGGGAGGGAGUAGCAGCUUAGGGAGGAAGAGAUUUAGAACAAAGUUCACACAAGAACAGAAGGACAGAAUGCUGGGACUGGCGGAGACAUUGGGGUGGAGGAUCCAAAAACACGAUGAGGCGUUGGUGCAGCAGUUCUGUAACGAGACCGGAGUGAAGCGGCACGUGCUUAAAGUGUGGAUGCAUAAUAACAAGAACACUCUUGGUAAGAAACCCUAGAAUCAAACCAAUCCAAAAAAAAAAAAAAAAAAAAAAAAGUUUUAUCUUGAUUUUUGAAUUUAGGGUUCCAUCAUUUUCAUCCCCAAUUCUCUACAUUCUUCUUUGUUUUCUGGGUCGUGUUAAUUAAUUGGAAUAUGGAUAUCUAAUAUAUCCAAUUAUUAUUAUUAUUUGUAGGUUUAAUUUA